AUGGAGGACUACAUGCAUAUAACCGCCGCCGAGCUGAGCGAGCUUUUGCUCACCGCAGGUGAGGUCACCUGCGGCGUGAAACCAGGCGACAUGACCAACGAAGUCAGAGCAAAGCGGGACGCCCACCAUCAGUAUGCCACCUUCUUGUCCGCCUCCGAAGAAGCGUGCGCUCCGUUCACCAUUGCCGGGUACAAGUUGGACGACCUCCCAGUCAAAAAUUCCGCUGAGGGCCAAGAUCUCCUCGAGAUCAUCAAUUUGAACACCGCAAUCGCGCGUAGAAGCCAUGAAGACAACAAAUCCACCACUAUCGAGACAAUUCCCAGCGACGGCAAGAUUGGACAGGACUUCCAAUUUAUGUACCAGUUCAACGACAGGAGCAACAACGCACGAUUCUCCUCCUCACUAGCGAUGCGCAUCUUCGACGUUGGGAAAGCGCAAGAGUUCCUCUCCCUUCCCGCCGCUAAUACAUAUCUUUCUCAGCCGGCUCUUCCAGUACGACUACUGCUCGAAUUCCCAUGCGCUUCAGACGAGGGCGACAUGAUCAGAUUCCUCGUCCACAUGCGUCCGGCCACAAUCGGCGAGAUCGUCUCGGCUGCCCUGCAAAUGAUUACUUUCUCCAACAUCAACGGAAUCGAGAACUAG